CUUUGUUUGUCUUUUGCCUCCAUUCCUUCUCCAUCCACUAAGUGCUCUUUGCCUUCUUCCUCCCCAAGUGCCUUUUGAUACUGAAUUUGCAACUCUCACUCUCAUUCUCUUUCUUCUCCAAUUAGGGUUUCCUCUUUGGGAGUUUCACCUGUCAUAAAUCUUUGAAGCUCUCUCUUUCAUUGGCUAAGGCUACGUUAUCUUGGGAAGGAACAAAGAACAUCUAGCUCUUCAACUCUUCAGGAAAGAAAAGGUACUUCUCUUUUUAUUCAUCUGAUCAAAGGAAACCUAGAUCACAAACAGAGAAAAAUGGCAUCAUCCAGCUCCUACAAUUCUCCCUGUGCUGCCUGCAAGUUCUUAAGGAGGAAAUGCAUGCCUGGUUGCAUUUUUGCACCUUACUUCCCACCAGAGGAGCCUCAAAAGUUUGCCAAUGUCCACAAGAUCUUCGGAGCUAGUAAUGUGACCAAACUGCUGAAUGAGCUUCUCCCACACCAGAGAGAGGAUGCAGUGAACUCCCUUGCCUAUGAAGCGGAGGCACGAGUGAGGGACCCAGUUUAUGGGUGUGUUGGUGCUAUCUCAUUCCUUCAGAGACAAGUCCAAAGGCUCCAGAAGGAACUUGAUGCGGCCAAUGCUGAUCUGAUCCGCUAUGCCUGCAAUGAAAUCCCAACCGCAUUGCCUGCACCGCCGGGGACCAGUUCAAUUCACCACAUGCCUCCUCGGCCCAGGCCUGGUGAUCAUUUUAAUAGAAGAAUGGGUAAUGAAGGGGGUUUCUAUCAACCUUCUGCUAUGCCUCUUCCUUAUAAUUUUCCUUGGAAUGACAACCCAUCUGGGGAUAUCAAUGAAGGAGGAGGAGAAGGCAACAUGUGAAUCUAGAGAGAAAUCCCACGUAGGGUUUCUAGCUAUCCCCCAGCGCAUGACUUGCUGGAACUCUCUCUUGGUAUGGUAUUAUAAGGUUUCUAGCUAAGUAGCCUCACAUGGACUCUUUAGCUAGAAGACUUGAUUAUAAUUUCAUAACGUGGUAAUUUUGUUUUGGUCGGUUUGGUAAUUAUACAGAUCCUGCUAAAAUCCAACAAGUGUUAAGUAUUUUUAGCAUGGCAUUUGGGACCUAAAUAAGGCUGUAUGUCUUGAUUAAUUAGUGUGUGGCUGCUGAAACUUUUCCUUUUGUUGUCAUUAGAGCAACUCUAGGCAUGUGCAUGCGAGGGUUGCUAAUUCUCUGUGUCAUUGUUUAUGCUUCAGAAUAAAUGAUAAUACAUUAUUUUAAGUUUUAAA